AUGACAGACCAAGAGAGUGGAAACUCUACCCCACGGUCCUUUACGGGCCAAACUGCCUCUGCGGAGGACAUGCUAAAGUCGCAAACUGUCGGACUCGUGCAUUUAUCCGAUUUUCGCAAGCGACGGGCCGAGGUCCUUGAGCAGAAAGAGCGCGAAGCGCAUGAUAAGUCCCUUGGGCGACUGGCAUCUGGUAAUUCAGGAUCCGCAACUCCAUCUGCAGGCGAAGUGACUGACGGGUCGUCCACACCUCGAAGCGACGGACCUCCAAAGAAGAAAAAGAAAAAGCCUCUUGCAAAGAGCAAGCUCUCAUUUGGCGAUGAUGAGGACGAUGCAGGCGAGGAGUCUGCGGCUACACCACGCGAUUCCAGUAUAUCCCGAUCUGGCUCAAAAACACCGAUAGAGGAGGGCGCAACUUCAGCAUCUGUUCGCAUGAAGGCUAAUCCGAAUGCGCCACCUCCUCCGAAAGCUUUGACUAAGGCUUCUCUAGAAGGCCAGGCGCAGGCUCGCGAUAUACUUCGCAAGGAGUUCUUGGUCAUGCAAGAAGCUGUCAAGAAUACAGAGAUUCUGGUCCCCUUUGUGUUUUUUGACGGCACAAGCAUACCUGGCGGGUCGGUCAAAGUCAAAAAAGGAGAUCCGAUAUGGCUGUUUUUAGAUCGGUGUCGCAAGGUCGGUGCGGAGUUGGGAGUUGGUGGUGUCAAUGGAGCUGCCAAAGCACGGAAGAAUACUCGUCGAGAAUGGGCACGUAUCAGUGUUGAUGACUUGAUGCUUGUUAAGGGAAAUAUUAUUGUGCCUCAUCAUUACGAGUUCUACCACUUUAUCUCCAACCAAACACCAAGUUUCUCCAAGGCAGGGGGUUUGCUAUUCGACUACACAAACAAGCCCCCUCCAGAGCGUACAAAUGAAGGACCCUUGUAUCACCCCAAUGAACAUCCAUUGGAGGGCGCUGACAAGGAUUCGGCGGAAACUAAAGUAGUAGACCGUCGUUGGUAUGAAAAGAACAAACACAUUUACCCAGCAAGUUUGUGGAACGAGUAUGAGCCCGGCAAGGAAUUUGAAGAAAAGAUGAAUUCAACACGGCGUGAUGCACAGGGAAACACAUUCUUCUUUUAG